AGUUAGCAUUAGCCUGCUAGCUUCUGCCUUCAAAACACACUCACUUUCAAACAGCGCCUGUCCUUAGUCUGCAGAUUUGCUCCCUCUCUAAAAAACAAACAACGGAUCUUUGUGAUUAUCGGUGUCGUUAUAUUUAUUUCUUUUAGAGUUUAUCUGCUGGUAUACGUGUGUCGUUUCGAUCAGAGAAUCGGUGAGUAUCUCGUGGUUCAUCAGAAGCUAAAAAGCUUUUUUACCUCAGACUCUCUAUUCACCUCUGGGUCAGAAAUGGAUUUAUUUGAUGAUCUUCCAGAACCUACAUAUGAUCCAGUUAAAGCCAAACAGCAGGAUGAGGAACGAGGUGAGAAGAGGAAGAGAGACGUGAGCUCAGAGGAGACUGAAGUGGAAGACCAGAAUCAAGAGGAAAAGAAAGUUUGUAAAGCAGAUCUUCCCAGACUCCAGGGUUUUGUCUCAGCGAGACGCGGCGAGAGAGAAGAGAUGCAAGAUGCUCACGUUCUGCUUCCAGACCUGAGCGUCACUAAUCUACCUUCACAAGUCUCUCGGCUCGCAUACUUCGCAGUGUUUGAUGGUCACGGGGGAGCUCGAGCGUCGCAGUUUGCUGCUGACAAUCUUCAUCACACGCUGGUCAGCAAGUUUCCCAAAGGUGAUGUGGAGAGUUUGGAGAAGCUGGUGAGGAAGUGUUUGCUGGACACCUUCCGUCAAACUGACGAGGAUUUCUUGAAGAAAGCGUCUAGCCAGAAGCCCGCAUGGAAGGAUGGCUCCACGGCCACAUGUAUGCUGGCGGUUGAUGAUGUUCUGUAUGUGGCAAACCUGGGAGACAGUAGAGCUGUGCUGUGUCGUUUGGAGCACGAGGAUUCUGGGAAGAGGAAGUGUGUGACUCUGGCUCUCAGUAAGGAACACAAUCCCAUUAUAUAUGAGGAGCGCAUGAGGAUCCAGAGAGCAGGCGGGACGGUCAGGGACGGUCGUGUGCUGGGAGUGCUGGAAGUGUCUCGUUCUCUCGGUGACGGUCAGUAUAAACGCUGUGGUGUGAUUUCCACUCCAGACCUGCGGCGCUGUCAGAUCAGUCGAAACGACAAAUUUGUUCUCUUGGCAUGCGACGGGCUUUUCAAAGUGUUUUCUGCAGAUGAAGCCGUUCAGUUUGUCCUCGACGUUCUAGAGAACGAGACUGUGGAGCAGAAGGAGGGGCAGAGCGAAGGGGCGGGGCCUUUUGAGGCUGCUUGUCAGCGAUUGGCCAGUGAGGCAGUGAGGCGGGGCAGUGCGGACAACGUCACUGUCAUUCUCGUCUCUAUUGAGUUCUGAAAGCAUUUUACACACACACACACACACACACACACACACACACACACACACACACACACACACACACACACACACACACACACUUCCGUUCAGAAUAUUUUCUGUUAAACACACAGACACACAUGAAUGCAUGAAUUCAGUAGGAACUGGUGCUGAAAUGAAAAUGUGGUUUAUUAUAGAGAUGUUUGAAUCUCAAAUUUUUUUUUUCUUCAAAGCAGGGCUUUUGGAAACACUGUGUCAAAUUUUAGUAUUUGUGCUGUUUGGCAUCAAAUUCUAAAUAAUAAACUUUUAUACAGUCUCACGA